CAUGGCUUUGACGGGCUAGGAUUGGCUGAGUUUCAUCGCUAUCUUCCGCCCCUCUGAGCAUACGUCACAGCGGCGGUGUCCGCAGCGCAGAAGGAGAGACGCACUGCACACUCACGAGCCUGGACGGGGCGAGUCGGCGAUCCCACAGUAGCCCUCAUCCAUCAUCGCUAUGGGAAUUAGCACAGCGUUCUUUUUGAACCAAGCCCUGAUCCCGUACUAUCUGAAACCGGUCCACCUUGAGACACGGACUAUGAAACACUGCAGUUGAGACUGUCGCUGCACCAGAGCUCGGCUCAGCUUCUACCCUCCAGUAAACUGUGGAGGGGGAGCAGUAUGAUGAUGAGAAACAUCUAGAGAUGAUAUAGUGUUUCUCCAGCAGACAACUUGAACAACGACGUUUUCUCGAGCCUCAUCUGUGUUGUGUGAUUUAGGACCAUGUCUGCCAUGUGUGUGUCCGCAGUGCUCUUAUGUACAGUGGUGGUUGACAUCUCAGCUCGGGAUCUGACCACAACCAGCCCAGGUGACCAGUCUCUCCUCUCCCCCCGCCACUAUCAAUACACCGACCCCAACUCAGGCACCCAGCUGGUCUGUGACAAGUGCCCAGCAGGCACCUACGUCUCCGUACACUGCUCUCCAACAGCUGUGAGGGAGUGCAGCCGCUGCCCUGAAGACACCUUCACACGGGGUGAGAAUGGCAUGAUUAAAUGCCAUCCCUGUCGGGCUCUGUGUCCUGCAGGCUUCAUCGAGAAGGCAACUUGCACGCCCAUCCAGGACCGAGUCUGCACAUGUCCCUCCAACAGCUUUUUGUCUGGGGAUGGUGUUACAGAGUGUAAGCCGCACUCGCUGUGCCCUCCAGGGACCAGGGUGAAAAAGCGGGGUGGUGAAACAGAGGAUGUGCUCUGUAAGCCGUGCACCAAGGGGACUUUCUCAGAUAGGGAGUCCAGAGCGGUGAAGUGCCGAAUCCACACAGACUGCCAAGCGCAGGGGCUGGUGUUGCUCACACCAGGGACUAAAGAGACGGAUAAUGUCUGUGGACCACCUUCCACAGCCCUGUCUUCAUCUUUUUCUGUCUCCACAACAACCACAGGGCCUGCACAUGAUGUGCUUGUACAGGAACCCAUGACUUCUUCAUGCUCGCCAUCAACAUCACAGACUAGACCUGCACAUAAAGGCACCUACAGCCAGUCGGCAGCCAUCCAGCUGAGGGAAAGCAGGGGUGGGGAAGACCACCAAGUAGAGGGGCUACUCCUCAACUGGCUGGAAGCUUCCACCCCACCAAUUCGUGAUCCCCCUCGCACUCUGCCUCUCCCACCUCACAAGCAACUCAUGGACCUCCAGCACCAGCAGGGGCAACCCAACUCUGAACCUGUGCCAGACCCCAACAAGAGGGCUGCGGAGGGUCUGGAGGGUGCAGAAGUAGUCAGGGUUGGGACGGGUAUCAGCAAGGUAAGCGGGCAGGGGAGCGGAGGUGAUGGAAGUGGGCUGUCCAGCUACUAUAGGCCCACUCGCAGGGGGUCCCCAAGGCCGAGCACCCAUAAUCACUUUGACAUUAAUGAGCACCUUCCCUGGAUGAUAGUGCUGCUGCUCCUGCUGGUGCUGGUGGUGAUUGUGAUUUGCAGCGUGAAGCGCAGCUCUCGUGUGCUGAAGAAGGGUCCCAUGCAGGACCCCAGCAGCAUCAUGGAAAAGGCAAUUCAGAAGAAACCAUCUGCGCCUCCAACACAGGUCAAAGAGAAGUGGAUCUACUACUCCAAUGGACAGGGGGUGGAUAUCCUAAAGCUGGUGGCAGCCCAGGUGGGUAUCCACUGGAUAGACAUCUAUCAGUCGCUGGCCAACGCCACAGAGAGGGAGGUGGCUGCCUUCUCCAACGGUUACUCGUCAGAUCAUGAGCGGGCAUAUGCCGCGCUGCAGCACUGGACCAUUCGGGACAGCGAUGCCAACCUGGCCAAGCUGAUCAAUGGCCUGCACCGCCAGCGCCGCACUGACGUGGUGGAGAAGAUUCGCUGUGUGAUGGAGGACAACCCACAGUUUGACAUCAACCAGCUGAUGACCUCAGUGAAUGUAAGCCAAAGCCUCAGUCCCAUCCACAAGCCACUCGAGUCUCCCGGCAGCAUUGGCAGCAGUGGCAGCAGUGGCAACAGUGGUGGGAGCAUGGGCGGGGCCAGCGGCACAGGCGUGGAGCAGUCGCCGGUGGACCGUACCAAAGGCUUCUUCCCCGAUGAAUCGGAGCCCCUGCUUCGCUGUGACUCCACCUCAAGCAAAGACUCGGCCCUCAGCAGGAACGGCUCCUUCAUUACCAAAGAGAAGAAAGAUACUGUGCUCCGGCAGGUGCGUCUGGACCCGUGCGACCUGCAGCCCAUAUUUGAUGACAUGCUGCACAUCCUGAACCCGGAUGAGCUGCACGUUAUUGAGGAGAUCCCAGCAGCUGAGGACAAGCUGGACCAGCUGUUUGAGAUCGCUGGAGUCAAAAGUCAGGACGCCAGCCAGACGCUGCUGGACUCAGUCUACAGCCACCUCCCUGACCUGUUAUAGUGGAGGAAGGAGGAGGAAACCCCACAGAUGAAAAGUGGCACAGGACUAAGACAGAGAGUCUCAGUGGGAGGACAGAGUUAGAUCUAGUAUUGUACACUUUAAGCUUGGGUUGAUAUUUAAUCUGAUGGACUCAUCAUGUCACACUGUCACAUGAUUUGAGCCAAGUGUUGUAGAUUAGAUGAUUAUCUACUCCCGCUAAUGACCCUUUCAACUCUUUACUGGUACAUCACUCCUCUUUGCCUGUCUUCAGUUGUCUUGUGUGCACACAUUAUUACUCCUUCAGAACACCUUAAUCCUCCACCAUGAUACAGGGUAAAUGCUCAAUGUAGUUAAAGCAUUCUCAGUGUCAUACCAGGGAGUACCUUUUCAUUUUUCUUCCCUAUGUUCAACCAUAUGUGGUAUUAUGACAGUAUUGUGAUCUUAACAAUGAAGCUUAAGAGCCUCCGUAUUUAGAAAAAGCUGGUUAAAACAGAAGGUGAAUACAUGGAAAACCAUUAAAAGCACUAUCUUUAUCUUACCUGGCCAAUGCCUUCACUUUUAAAGGGAAAUUCCUGUUUUUUUUGUGCCAAUCACCCAGGCUAUCCUUGCUUGUAACAUGAUUUCAGUGUUUCAAAAAUCUCAUUAUCAUCAUGGUUAUUGCUAAAUAAUCGUGGGAGAGGAAACUGCAGUCAAAGAUACUUUACCCAGGAAUGAACUGACCUGUAAAUCAUGUCCCUGAGCUGGUCCCUUUCCUCAGCUCCAUUUUCUUUCUUUCUUUCUUUCUUUCUUUCUUUCUUUCUUUCUUGCCAUCAACUCCACACUUGGAGCAGGUCACUUGUGAUUCUUAGCAUUUUAUUUUAUAAGCACUCUGCCAGAACAGCAGGGCGGAGUGUUAAAUAAGAGGGCUGACCUGCUGCUCUGGAACCAAAGCCAUAUAUCAAUAGUGCUGGAUUCAACAUCAAAACAAUCCAAUAUUACCAUACAGGAGAAAUAUUGAACCAAUCUAAUAUAUGAUAUAUGGCUUUGCCUUUGAACUGUUUGCUCCAAAACUAACAAUUAACUGAACAGCAAGGGGGCAGUGUUCACAGCCCCUGCCUGAUUCCCUGGAACCAAAGCCAUAUAUCUAAAACAGUUUAGAUACAUUGCUUUGGAACCUCUGUCACUGUUGGACUCAUGGACAGUAUACAAUAAAUACUUGUACCAGUAUGCACAUUGAGAUCUAUGCUUGCUAGCCCUGUUUGCCUCAACAAAUGUAGCGUUAAUCAAGUGUUGUUGAUACUUUUUGGAGCUUCAUGUGGGUAUGGCGGGUGUUUGAGUGUUUCAGUGCUAUAGCAAAAAUAAUGGACUAUAAGUGAUUUUAUUGAUGCUUUGGCAUGUUUGCUACAUGCUCUGUGUAGCUGAUAAUAAAAUGUAAUAAUGAUACACUAAAUGUAUUUUCUAUUGAAGAGGCAGAGGCAGUUUUUCAUUUUCACUUUAUAUAAUUCUGAAAUGCUGUUAACUAACAUUUGUUAGACUUAUGCUACUGUAGCAUCUCCUUAUUAUCAUUUCAACUUCUUUGUAUCUUAUGUUUUUAUGGGCAUUCAGAUGUAUUUACCCCACUUGGUGUGACAAGAUGACCUGUCUGGGAUGUCAGAUAUGCAUACUCCAUACUCUACUUGAAGUCUGUCUGCUUGUGUUACUUCAUUUGAAUGAGGAUGAAAUAAUACUCUUUACUUUCAAGUUCAACAUUCUUGGCAUAAUAAUAAAACUGAAAAGCACCACCAAAAAGUCGUCACCUUUUGGAGAGGAUUUUACAGACACCAUGAGAGCAGCAAAUAAUGGACUCUAUUUUUACCAACCAGUUACUAUCAAAGCCUCUGUGGUGCUAGAUGUGAAAUCUCACCAGUCAGCCUGACAUUGGGGGUCUAACCCAGGGCUAAUGAGUAUUUCAAGUACUCCAGACUGAGUAAAGAAUACGGUUGUGCUGCUGGGGACUGUGGGAUGUUGACAAUGAUGAAGAUGAUGAUGAAAAGAAUAUGUGAGCUUGGUCUCCAUGAUGCUGUGGAGACUCUUACUGCAGGGUGUGAGCUUUUUAUUUUCUAAGGAGGUCUGACAGAAUGAAGGUGAGAUGUGAAACGCACGUGUGGCUUGAGUGGAUGUUUUCAUCCCAUUUUACGUGUGUAAACAGUAUGUUUACUACUUUGUAACCUCUUAAAAUCAACCAAUUAAAGCUCAAAGCAUUUGUCAUAACUUUGUGGCUAUAAAACCUGAA